CAUUUUAAGAUCGAGCCCAGGUUAUCUCACUAUCAGAGCAGCUGAGGUCACAAUAGUAAGAUAAAUAAAAGCUGUUCUUCCUUCUCAGGCUGUUGUUUUUGUUUCUUAAGGAAUCCUACUAGACACCAAGAACUAAAAAGGAGAUUAUAGUGAUUACAAACUUUCAGAAUAAAACGUCCAAAAGGAAGAUUAUUAGUUUAGUGCCAAUAAUAACGGAGAGUGAUCACUGUUUUGGUCUCAUAAGCUUCCAGGUCAUGCAGUGAAGUUCAUCAUGUCUUCAUCUCUCCAUAUGCUGGUCUGAUUUCAUGGGGAGUUUAAGGAUCAUAAUGGCACCGAAGUUUCAGCUCCUGGCGCUGUUGGCCUUCGCGGUGGCCAUGCUGUUCCUGGAGAACCAGAUCCACCAGCUGGAGGAGUCCCGAGGCAAACUGGAACGUGCCAUCGCACGGCUGGAAGUGCGUGACAUCGAGGAACGUCGCACUCAGGAGGGAGUGAGGGACUCUCGUGAGGACGUCGAGAAUGACCUCGUGAUCAUCUACAACCGAGUUCCCAAAACAGCCAGCACCUCCUUCACCAACCUCGCCUACGACCUGUGCAGCAGGAACCACUACCACGUCCUGCACAUCAACACCAGCAAGAACAACCCCGUCAUGUCCCUGCAGGACCAGGUGCGCUUUGUGAAGAACGUGACGAUGUGGAAGGAGAUGAAGCCAGCGUUCUACCAUGGCCAUGUUUCAUUCCUCGAUUUCUCCAAAUUUGGUGUGAUGAAAAAACCCGUUUACAUCAACAUAGUGCGUGACCCCAUCGAGCGCCUGGUAUCCUAUUACUACUUCCUGCGCUUCGGAGACGAUUAUAGACCUGGCCUGAAACGCAGGAAACAGGGGGACAAGAAGACAUUUGAUGAGUGUGUUGCUGCAGGAGGUUCAGAUUGCGCGCCAGAAAAACUGUGGCUCCAAAUCCCCUUCUUCUGCGGUCAUUAUUCCGAGUGCUGGAACAUCGGCAGCCGCUGGGCUCUGGAGCAGGCCAAGUAUAACCUGAUUAACGAGUACCUGCUGGUGGGCGUGACCGAGGAGCUCGAGGACUUUGUGAUGAUGCUGGAGGCAGCACUGCCUCGAUUCUUCAGAGGAGCCACUGAGCUCUAUAAGACAGGAAAAAAAUCACACCUGAGGAAAACCAGUGAGAAGAAGCCGCCCACUAAGGAAUCCAUCGCUCGGCUGCAGCAGUCUGCCAUCUGGAAGCUGGAGAAUGAGUUUUAUGAGUUUGCGCUCGAGCAGUUCCAGUUUGUCCGCGCUCACGGCGUGAGGGAGAAGGACGGCGAGCUGUACCUCCUGCCACAGAGCUUCUUCUACGAGAAAAUCUACCCCAAGACCACCUGAGAGUGAUGAAGGCGCCGCUCUAGUGCCACUUACUGUCGUCAUAUUCACUGGAGGAGGACAGUUCGUCCAUUUCAGAAUAGUCCGUGUGGUGUAGCUGGACGUUUUACACCUGAGCAGUGUUUGGAUUUUACCUUUCUUUUGCUUUGUUUAUUGAACUGACACUUUUACACGUCAGGCAAGCACAUACAUGAGCUCAAGGGCCCUACAGAGGCAGCAGAACGUUUCCAGGACGCGUGUUGGACUCCUAAACAAGAACCACAGAUGAACUUUAAUGGUUUAAAGCUUCAGUUUAUAAUAGAGUUCAUUAAAGGCACAGAAAUAUUGCUAAUUACUGUCGGAAGCUAAUACAAAAAAGUGAAUAGAAAACAAAGAAUUAAAGCUAACUCAUCUGCAGUGGCUUUUAUUCACUUUUUUUUUUUUUUUUUUAGAAUUUUGGAUAAAAUUGUUUAAUUGAUGAGCAAACUGUAAUAUUUAGCGCCCUCUGCUGUCUGCAAAGCAAAGUGUUAUAAGUAAAUAAAACACUGGGGGGUGCUGUUAUAGAAAAAUAAUCCACGACUUGGUGUUAUGAUGCAGCGUGAUACUGUUGCCACCCCCAAGUUGAUUAUUUUCCAAUCCCAGCAUGAACCCAAGUGUUUUUAUUCCAGCAAUUACAAAUUGUGGUACUUUUUAUCCGUUUAUACUUGCAUUUAAUGUUGUGGAACAUCUGUACAAGAAGUUAGUUCUUGUUCUCACUUAAAUUAUAAUGGCUGUAAACAGUUGUUCCCUCACCUCUUUUUUUUUUUUUUCCCCCUCUCUUUUGAAGUUAAUAAGACAAAAAAAUACACAGCUUAUCAUGUUACUAAGAAACCGCAAAGAAGCGUAAACUCGUCUGUCCUGAAGAUGUCAGCAAACUUAAUUACAGCUUUACCUUUGACUCUGACGCUGGAGACUCCUUCUAUAAAUGUCCUUGUGAAUGAGCUGUUACUAUAAAAAUAACCUAUUAGAGCAAGCACAUUAAUGUAAAGCUGUGAUUUGCAGCUGUGGUGAGAAACCUUGAAGGCGUCAUACAGGAAUAUUGUAAAUUCAUGCUGUGAUAAUCGUUUGAUCCAAUUUGAUGGUUUGCAGUGCAUCACUUUUUUUAAAAUGACCAACGCUGUUCAGUUAUAGGACAUUUCAAGCGAUAUGGAAAUCAUUGUUUAAUUGUAUAAUAAUACCAUUAAUGGUAUAACUAUAUUUUGGUUUUUUUAUCACGGUAUAUCGUCACACCAAUUUAUUGUCACACCUCUAGUGGUGCACUCAGGGUUGGAUGAAAUACCUUGCUGCCAUUGCAACCAUUUUAAAAAAGCUUUAACUUCACAGAAUUUACGUUUAUUUUGUCACUCGAAUGCUACAACUCAAUCACGCGUGUAGCAAAUGCUGUUGGACUUUGACUGAGACACGCCUUCUCAUUAAUCGCUUAGUGGCUUAAUUAUUUAAUGACCCUUUCAGUUGGAUAAUUGCACCAUUUGGACCUUUCCUUUGUUUUAUCGUUCUUUAGGAUUGAAACUGAAGAACACUUUCUAUAUUGUACUUAUUCUGUGCCACUGGAUACUGAAUUUCUUAUAAAUGUUUUAUUUCAAGACAGCAUGUUAUAACAUUUUCAUUUUGAGACUGUAGCUCUGAGUAUUGGACAACUUUAUACUGACCUGAUGCUGACCUUUCUCACUUGAGCUAUGAGUGUUUAAAAAAAAAAAAAAUAAGAAAAGUCUAUUUUUCUGAGGUUUUUUUUUCCCCAUGAAUUCACACCUCAUUCUUCACACACUUAUGAUAUUUUGACAUAAUCUCAUUUCUAAGCAGACUUUUUGUUUGUUUGUUUGUUUGUUUGUUUGUUUGUUAAAUAGCAGCACUAGUUCAAUACAUUUUAAGCUUAAAUUAGGACUUAAUUGUUCUCACAAUUUGUUUCUUUCCACUUCAAUUCCACCUUCAAACCCUGGAGGGUGGGGUGGGUGGGGGAUAUGAAACAACACUAAUUCCUGUUUUCCAAUAUAGCCGCCUCUAUAAUGUUGCACUGUUCAGCUAUUUGGGUGGAUGUUUAGCUUUAGAAUUAAAUUUUGAGAUCAAAUUUAAAAGGUAAAAAAAAAGACAAAGCUCUGGCUGUGUUUACAUGCCAAGAUUUUCACCAGUCUGAAUGAGUUUAUUUCGACUGUCGGUUCCUAAAGAACUCUCUUUAUGUGGAUCAACUCUAAUCCCAGUCAGCAUUUCAGGUCAGCAUCUGUCCAUAUCAGAUUGUGAUUGAUUUUUUUUUCUUUCCACUGUACUUUAUCAUGCUGGAUGGGGGAAUUUUUUACCCCCCUGUUUUAUAUAUACUGGCUUUUUCAGUGUGUUUGAAAGACUGUAGAUUGUAAAUGUGUGUGUAUGUGUCCUUGCAUCAUGUGCAAAAGAUAUUUAGAAAUAUUCUAAAUAUAGGAAGUAUGUAAAGUUAGGAUGUCUGAAAACAUUUCCUGGAAGUAAAGGCACACAGCACACAUGAAUGAUUACUGAUGAA